AUGACAAAUGUGCCAGCAUUUUCACAGGUGAAGGAAUUUCUCCGAAAAUGCAACCUCCUGGAGUAUUACGAAAGGUUCAUCGCGGAGGGUUUUGAUGACCUGCAAUCGCUGCUGGAUGUGACCGAAUCAGAUCUCAUCGCGAUGGAUGUGAAGAGAGGUCACCGAAGGCGAUUGCAACGUGAAAUAGCCACCGUCAAAGGGUUUCCUUCUGACUCACCUUUACGUAUACCACCCGGCCCCGCAUUUGAAGAAACGAGUAUAACAGCGCAACAACCAACAAUACCAUUGCAAAUGCAAGUUCAAAUAGCAUCGCCAACAUCAAUGUCAAAUGACACCACCUCAAUGCACGUCAAUAGCAUAUUUCAAAACAAAUACGCAAAUCUUAACACACAAGCUAAUGGUCAUCAUGGGCCUACAUCGUUACCAUUGUCAUCAUCAAGAGAUCGCCAUCAAUACACGACAAAAGAAGACGAUCUCCCAGAUAACAACAGAGAUGCACAAGACAAUGGGAAUCCUAAAAGAAAGUAUAAACGUCAUCCAAAACGGGACAAGAAUGCACCGGUGAAGCCGUUGUCUGCCUAUGUAAUGUUUGCUCAUCGUGUACGUGAAGAAUAUCAAGGUCAAAAUAUUUCGUUCCCGGAUAUGGCAAAGAUCGUAGGCGAUCGAUGGAAAACUAUUCCAACUUCUGAGAAAGAGGCCAUUGAAGCUGAUGCUGCCAAGGCUAAAGAUAAGUAUCGCGCGGAACUAGAAGUAUACAAAACUACGGAACACUGGAAGCAAUAUCAAGAUUACCUUAAAGAUUUCAAAGCUAAAUACGAGACUUCACCAUUCCGCGGUGAUAUUAUUAAUAAACAACGAAAACGAUCUAAACUUGCACCAUCGCCAGAGCCAGACAACAUCAGUCACUCUGGUUAUUCAAGUGCUCGAUCCACUUCGCUCGGAUAUCAAAGUAGUGGCAGCAGCAAUUCGAAUGGAAAUGCAGCGAUCAUCACCAGCGAAUAA